GCCCUGCCCGGCCCCCGGCGCUCCCGCCGCUCCCGCCGCCGCCAGCCCCUGCCUGCGCCGUGAAUGAAAGGCGGGCGCCGCCCGAGGCUGGGGGGAAGCGCCGCGGCGACGCCGGUCUCCCGGGAGGCGCCGGCCCGGCUGAGAUGUACGGUGUGUGUGGCUGCUGUGGCGCUCUCCGCCCCAGGUACAAGAGGCUGGUUGAUAACAUCUUCCCUGAGGACCCCGAGGAUGGCCUGGUGAAGACCAACAUGGAGAAGCUGACCUUCUACGCCCUCUCGGCUCCAGAAAAGCUGGAUCGCAUCGGCUCCUACCUCUCCGAGACGCUCAUUCGCGAUGUGGGUCGCCAUCGUUACGGGUACGUGUGCAUCGCCAUGGAGGCGCUGGACCAGCUGCUCAUGGCCUGCCACUGCCAGAGCAUCAACCUCUUCGUGGAGAGUUUCCUCAAGAUGGUGGCCAAGCUGCUGGAGUCGGAGAAGCCCAACCUGCAGAUCCUCGGCACCAACUCGUUUGUGAAGUUUGCCAACAUCGAGGAGGACACCCCAUCCUAUCAUCGCAGCUAUGAUUUCUUUGUGUCCCGCUUCAGCGAAAUGUGCCACUCCAGCCAUGAUGACUUGGAAAUCAAGACGAAAAUUCGAAUGUCAGGCAUCAAAGGUCUGCAAGGGGUGGUGAGGAAGACAGUGAAUGACGAACUGCAGGCCAACAUCUGGGACCCGCAGCACAUGGACAAGAUCGUCCCGUCGCUGCUUUUCAACCUGCAGCAUGUAGAGGAGGCAGAGAGCCGGUCUCCCUCGCCCCUCCAAGCCCCUGAGAAGGAGAAGGAGAACCCAGCCGAGCUGGCCGAGAGGUGCCUUCGGGAGCUGCUGGGCCGGGCUGCCUAUGGCAACAUCAAAAACGCCAUCAAGCCUGUCCUCAUCCAUCUGGAUAAUCAUUCUCUUUGGGAACCCAAGGUGUUUGCCAUCCGUUGCUUUAAAAUCAUCAUGUACUCCAUUCAGCCGCAGCACUCCCACCUGGUUAUCCAGCAGCUCCUGAGCCACCUGGACGCCAACAGCCGCAGCGCGGCCACCGUGCGGGCGGGCAUCGUGGAGGUCCUGUCCGAAGCCGCCGUCAUCGCUGCCACCGGCUCUGUCGGGCCCACGGUGCUGGAGAUGUUCAACACCCUGCUGCGGCAGCUGCGGCUCAGCAUCGACUACGCGCUCACGGGCAGCUACGACGGCGCGCUCAGCCUGGGCGCCAAGAUCAUCAAGGAGCACGAGGAGCGCAUGUUCCAGGAGGCCGUCAUCAAGACCAUAGGCUCCUUCGCCAGCACUCUGCCCACGUACCAGCGCUCCGAGGUGAUCCUCUUCAUCAUGAGCAAGGUCCCGCUGCCGUCCCUGCAUCAUCCCAUGGAGACGGGGAAGACGGGGGAGAACAGGAAUCGCCUGACCCAGAUUAUGCUGCUGAAAUCCCUCCUCCAGGUGUCCACAGGUUUCCAGUGCAGCAACAUGAUGUCAGCCCUGCCCAGCAACUUCCUUGACCGCCUUCUCUCCACCGCUCUCAUGGAGGAUGCAGAAAUCCGUCUCUUUGUUCUAGAGAUUCUCAUCAGUUUCAUUGAUCGCCAUGGCAACCGCCACAAGUUCUCUACCAUCAGCACACUCAGUGACAUCUCUGUUCUGAAGCUGAAAGUGGACAAAUGCUCCCGACAGGACACGGUCUUCAUGAAGAAGCACUCCCAGCAGCUCUACAGACACAUCUACCUGAGCUUCAAGGAGGAAACGAAUGUGCAGCAGCACUACGAGGCGCUGUACGGCCUGCUGGCCCUCCUCAGCAUCGAGCUGGCCAACGAGGAGGUGGUGGUGGACCUCAUCCGCCUGGUGCUGGCCGUGCAGGAUGUGGCCCAGGCCAAUGAAGAGAACCUGCCCGUGUACAACCGCUGUGCUCUCUACGCGCUGGGUGCGGCGUACCUGGACCUCAUCAGCCAGCUCACCACGGUGCCUGCCUUCUGCCAGCACAUCCGCGAGGUGAUAGAGACCCGGAAGAAGGAGGCUCCGUACCUGCUCCCCGAGGACGUGUUUGUGGAGAGGCCCAGGCUGUCCCAGAACCUUGAUGGAGUGGAGAUCGAGCUCCUCUUCUGCCAGAGCAAAAUCAGCGAAGUCCUGGGGGGCAGCGGCUACAAUUCAGACCGGCUCUGCAUGCCCUACACCCCUCAGCUGACAGAUGAGGAUCGUUUAUCCAAGAGGAAGAGCAUUGGAGAGACCAUUUCCCUGCAGGUGGAGGUGGAAUCGAGGAACAGUCCAGAGAAAGAAGAGCGCGUGCCUGCCGAGGAGAUCACCUAUGAGACGCUGAAGAAGGCCAUCGUGGACAGCGUGGCGGUGGAGGAGCAGGAGCGGGAGCGGCGGCGGCAGGUGGUGGAGAAGUUCCAGAAGGCUCCCUUUGAGGAGAUCGCAGCACACUGCGGGGCCCGGGCAUCACUGCUGCAGAGCAAACUCAACCAGAUCUUUGAAAUCACCAUCCGGCCCCCGCCGAGCCCAUCGGGAACCAUCACCGCCGCCUACGGGCAGCCGCAGACCCACUCCAUCCCCGUCUACGAGAUGAAGUUCCCCGAUCUGUGCGUCUACUGAAUUCCACCACGGAGCUCUGAGGGGGCGGGGUCCGAGGGAGGGUCGCCCUCACCCCCAGCCCUGGACACGAAACCUAACCAGGGUCUCAGAGGGAACACGUCACCUGGACGGCAGCACCUUCCUGAGCUCAGCCACGGUGGAGCCUCCGGGGCCUCCUGCCCCCUCCUUGUCUUCCCGAGGGAGAGCCGGCCCCCUGCGCCCCUCCAGGACCAAUAAGCACCCCCUGUGCCCUUUGUCUCCUCUUUUGUGUCAGCCAGGGGCAGAGUCAUGGGGGUGGGGGCUCUAGAGAGAAGCUGAGGGACCUAAGGAGCUCCCGCUUGGUGUCUGAGCAAAGGGCUUUUGUUGGGGGUGCCCCUCUGGGGGGCACAUCUACCAUUCCCCAGAGAGGGACCCGGGAUGAGAGGGGCUUUGGAACUAGGUGGAGGCAAAGGUGGUCAAAGGAAGCCACAGGCUAGCAUCUGGGAGGACCCGAGGAACACCGGGGGGCUAGAGGGCCUCUCUCCCCUCCCGUGCUCGCCCUGCUGGUUGUCUGUCUGUGUUCCUUCCUAUUAGUCAAUAACCUUGAGCCCUUAUAAUAGGAGCUUGGAGUAGAGACGCCAUGGGGGGCAGCAAAGGAUGAAAAGGGCAAGCAGGCCAGAGACUGGAGCAGGGCAGGGGCACCUCGGUGCGGGCCCCCCUCCUGCAGAAGGCUGGCAUGGCCAAAACGGGGCCACCCACUGCCCCCUGGUAGCUGCUUCUCACCUCCUUGUUCAGGGGAGCUUCUUUCACCCUCCCACUGAUGUUUCACCCACCCUCUGAUGUUUCUCUCUCUUGGACGUCUUUCUCCCUGAGGAUCUCAAGGUGUUUCAGGAGCCUCUGGGUUGAGACAGGACAGACUCGAAAAAGGGGGGAGUAGCUGCAGCAGCCCCCGAGGCUGGCGCACGUCACCUCCUGUGGACGAAGCUCCCAGCCCUUCCUGGUGGGAGGUGGGGGUUCGUGGGGGGUUGAGUGGGAUGAGCGGCAUUCGGGGCUCAAGGAUGUGCGACAUCAGUGUUUUGGAUGUGCCAUUUGAGGGUGGAGGAUCCAGCACCUGAUACUGGACAAAGUCUGGGGCAUCUGUGCGAUCUGGCAGGGUUGGCAGCUGUGGAGAAGCGGUGGGAGCCCGUUGGGUUCUGGGGUUCCCCUUUCCCUGUGAGCUGUUUGCCUGUCUCUGCGUGACCUGAGUGUGCAGAGGGGGUGAGGCGAAGGUGGGGUUCGCUGCUCUCCCUCCUGCUUUCCCUGAUGGAUUCCCGCCUCCGGGGGUCUCUUCCUUCCAAGAGCUUCCUCUGAGCCCAGCGAGGCCGCCCGAGGCCGCCCGUGGCAGUGCCCUGGGGUCCAAAGCAGCCCGAAUGUCCCCUACCUUUUCUGAGCUGACGCGACUCACGUAAGGUGUGAUGGUCAAAGGAUCCAUUGCCGGAGGAUUUCCUUCCUAAAAAGAGGAGGGUGGGUAUCUAAAAGGGAACAAUUUUAGGCAGGGUGGUAGGAGGUCAGGAGAGAGGAGGGAAGAGAACGAGUGUGGUUCUUAGGACAGAUGGGUUUAUUUCCCCAAAACGGGGGACUGUGAACGUAUGCAUUUUCCCAUUAUAUCUGCGAUAAUUUUCUGACUCUCCUUCUAGUAGUUUCCACGCUCCCUAAGAAGCCCUUGCCCCUUGGUCACUGGCUCCGUGCCGUGAGCACGUGGCUUCUGUGGCCGGCAAGGUUACGAGGCCCGGGGGUCAAGGUCCCCACUGCCCCCGCGGCUUCUGGCUGUGCUCUCUGGCUCUGGCUCAUGCUCAGCUUUACCAGCAGGAACUUGGAUUUCUCUUUACCUUAAUGUCUCUUUAUUUAAAAACCAAGUUUAAAAUCACUUUAAACAAACUUGAAGGCAAAUAAUUUUGGGAACAAACUUUAAAGGAAAUCUAAAUCCUGAGCCACAAACAUGUCUUUUCUUGCUGGUUCUUCCCAUCUUCUAAUCCUCUGCUCAGCUUUGAUGACAGGCCCUCUGUUUCUUUCUUGUCCCUGUCGGGCUUUAGUGUCCAUCCCCAUGGCAGUCUACCCUGAGCAGAGCCCAAGGGGCCCCUGGCUCUGGGACUAGGGGAGCUCCUUCCCAGGUGUCUGACUGGAGCCAGCAUCAGAACCGGCCACCCGUAGGCCCACUCGGGUGUCCCCGUCCCUCACUCCCCACCGAGAAGACAGGAAAACGGCACAGGAUUCCAGUUCUGCUUAGACCCCAUGCUGUGUCCUCUUCAUCCAUCCCAGGCAGCUUUUUCUUGACAGCACCUCUGCUUAGCAAAGGUGUGUUUCUUUUGGAGCACUGGUCAUAUUUGAGUGACCUCAGUUUCCAUUUAAAAUUACACAUUAAGAAUAUGAGGUUGCCUGCUGAUAUGAAGUAGAACCUGGGUUCUUGCCAAAUUGUGUCUCAGAAUCAGAAAGUUUAAGGUGUGUUAACAGGAAUUGAAAAUUAAACGGAAAAUUCGGCAGUCUCCUUCACCCGCCGCCAGCGCUGGGAGAGAGGCACAGCAGGGCUGCAUAGGCUGCAGACGCCCUCGGCCUGCAUCACGCUUCCUGCCUCCCAAGCUCCCCGGGCAUCCGGCAGUGGUUUCACGUGCCCGGCCCUUUUUUGUUCUCUGUUGUCAAUUUGAGCCAAGAAGAGCCAAGAAGAGCCAGCAAGCCCAUUCUAAUGGGCUGCUCCCCAAAGCCCCUGAGGACUCUUGCUUUGUGGACAGGGGUGGUGUUGGUUAGCACAGUUGCUGGGUGGCUUUGAGCUUGGGUAGUUCUGUGGAUCUGGGUGAGUCUUGUAGGUGCGUGAGAAGCAGAUCCAGAGAGCAUCUGUGUGAUGCUGGAGGCUCUUCUCUUCCUUGCAGCGGGGACCCUCAUGCCCGGUGCCUCUUCCCGUUUUCCUCUCCUUUCCCUGGACCCCAUUCACAAGCAUAAAUAUAAACGAGUGAGCAGUGGAAAGGGUGCGCCUGGGACCAGUGAAAGUGCUUGAAGACGCACGGGCCACGUGUGCGCUGUGCUUCGUGCUGGCUGUUGCGGCCGCUGUGGGACAUACUUCAGCUGGGCUGAGAGACAGAACAGCCUUGGGGUUCCUUUAGACAGCUUCAAGGCCAGACCCCUGGGCUUCCCCGGGGGACGCUGGGUCAUGAGGCCUUCCAGGUGCCACUCCAUUGUCCCCAGGCCUUCCUACCUGGGUAUGGAGACGGCAUGCGGUUUCUUUUUCAAUGUGUCCUUGAGAAGUGAGGCUCUUUUCUCCAAUUCUUCUUCAUGACUAGAAAACAGACGCUGGCCAGUGAAGGGCCUGUGGGAAAGGACUAGACUUCAGCUGUUAGGCUGAGCAUCUGGUGUAAAGGUCGGCAGUGGGGUGAUCUCUUCUACUUCCAGUGUUGCCAGUGGCCUGGAGGCAUUGUCGGUCAUGGGAAAACAAGGCAUCUUCCUUACGUUCAAGGUUUAGGGCGGCUUGUUGCUUCUUCAUCCUGUUAACCCCAGAAAUCUUCAGGUUAAGAUGACCCUUGCCCUAAAUCGGGCCUAGGUCCAAGGCUGUCAAAGGGUGACCAUGGUGGGGCGUGUCCUGGAGCCUGGCUAGCAGGGGAUGCAGUGGUGAGGGGGGAGCCCCUUCAGUGUGUUCCUGUAGGGGCCUGAAGGCAGGGUUCUGUGCUGUCCUCCGGCCCCAGCUGGGCUGACAAGGUCUUCCCUCCUUCGGGGGACAUUGAGGACUCAACCAUCACCUUCCCCCUGUGAGCUCUUCCUCCAGGACGGUAGAUUCUGGCAUACGGAGCAAAGAGCUGCAAAUCCGCAAAUGCCGCAGCCUGGACAUUCACAUCGUAACAUGUCUGUGCCCACUUAGGCCUCCCUGACCUGGCCAAGUGUGUGUGCCUGCCCGUGCGCGUGCAUGUGUGUGUAAUACAGUUCGUAGUUGAAGAUACAUGUAUAUCACAGCUGAUGUAUUUAUAUGUGAGUGCAGAAUUAGUGCCUGUGGCAGUUUUCUGUAUUUUAAACUCAUGGAGUCAAAUUGGUUUUACUUUAGGGAAGGGAAAAGGGGAGUGGGGAUUGUAGGUAGAAGGAUUCUUAGCAAAAUCAUCCUUUAGGACUAUUAGUUGUGAUUUCCCAAUGAGCCUUUACAAUGCCCUUUUCAAAUAAAUGUUCAUGUUGUCACCA